UUUUAUUGAAAAUUUUGUGAGAUGAAAACAAGAAGAAAACAAGGCGGAAUAAGGGAAUUUUAGUUGUGGAUUAUCAUGGCGGAGAAGAGGAGGUUCGUGAUUGGAUACGCUCUGUUGCCGAAGAAGCAGAACAGUUUCAUCCGUGAUUCUUUGGUCGAUCUUGCGAAAUCUGUUGGAAUCGAUCUCGUGAAGAUCGACCCUCAACGUCCCCUCUCCUUCCAGGGCCCCUUCGAUUGCGUACUUCACAAGCUCUACGGCCACGAUUGGAACCGCCAGCUCCAGGACUUCCUUGUCCAAAACCCUAAUGCCGUCAUCUUAGACUCCCCGGAGGCGAUUGCGCGCCUCCACAACAGGAUUUCAAUGUUGGCCGUCGUUUCCGAGCUCAAGAUCGAGAAUCAGAGCGAUACAUUUGGGAUCCCCAAGCAGAUUGUUAUAUACGAUAAGGAGACGCUUUUUGACCGCCAGGCUUGGGAGCUUCUUAAGUUUCCUGUUAUUGCGAAGCCGUUGGUGGCGGAUGGGAGCGCGAAAUCGCAUAAAAUGUCUCUCGUGUACAACCAUGAUGGGUUGAACAAGCUCAAGCCCCCGAUUGUUUUGCAGGAAUUUGUCAACCAUGGAGGAGUCAUCUUUAAGGUUUAUGUGGUUGGCGAGUUUGUGAGAUGCGUUAAAAGAAAGUCCUUGCCGGAUGUUUCCGAGGAAACAGUGAAGACUGUGGAGGGUUCCUUGUCGUUCUCGCAGGUAUCUAACUUGGCGACUCAGGAACAGGUUGAUGAAAUGUAUUACAAGAAUAUGCAUUUGGAGGAUACCGAAUUGCCACCGCAGAGUUUCAUGGCUGAUAUUGCUAGGGGUUUGAGGCAGGCAUUGAAGUUGAAUUUGUUCAAUUUCGAUGUGAUAAGGGAUACCAGAUUUGGUAAUCGCUACCUUAUCAUUGACAUUAACUAUUUUCCUGGAUAUGCCAAAAUGCCUGGCUAUGAGACUGUUCUGACAGAUUUCUUUUUGGGUAUAGCCAAUAGGGUUGACAGGGGGUUGCUGGGAAGGAGUUUGGAUGAGGUAAAUUGCCAGAAGAAGGCAGGUUCUGAUGCCUCUCAGCUGCUUAGUCGUGAGAAGGAGGUGAAAAAGAUUGUAAGCAAUACAAGCUGCAGUGAUGGGAAAGAGGAAGAGAACCCCAUUUAAGUUUGACAAAAUGUAGACAAAAACUGUGAACAGAGAGUAACUCGUUUUCUUCACUAACUGGUGGCUUUGGGUUGCCGGAAUUGUAUAAGGAUUGGGACCCUUGUGCCAAUUUGUACGCUGGAGUCAGUUGCAAAUUUCCUUUUUAGAAAGAAGUUGCUACAUUGAUGAAACGAGUAGGUUUGAACUUGGAAAACACCUGAAGCCUCAAAGUACAGUUUAACCUUCAAGUUCGAGGCUUUAAGCUUUUCUUUGUUUAGAAGCUGUUCUAGUUUUGCAAUUUUGACAAGUUUAGUAGGUGCAAUUUUUCCAUUUAGCUCAUGAUUAUUUCUUUUAAUUCUUCUGCUUUUCAUUAAUGAUGGUUUCACUUUGAUUUUCUGGCCUCAACAUGCAUCAAUUAAUUUUGACUAUUUUAUGCUUCGCUGUCUCUCGCUGAAUGCUUAAUUGAAGAUGAUGAUAAAUGAUCCUUCUUGCCCUAGUGUACUAGAGAUUGUUUAAAUCAUCACAUAUUCACAUUAACGUCAAUAUGAUUAAUCUUGAGGUAGUUAUCUACGUAACUAGUCUCUGCACACCAUUUUUCCUUGAAAUGUUAAUACAUGUACCGUGAGGUGAAACAGGUUUAUCUUCUUAUCUCUUCCUCUGUUUCAAGAUUUUAGGGGAUGUGGAAUUUGUAGUCAUUGGUAUUCUAAAUUGUCACGGUUAGCUGAUUCUGGAUCAUCUAUGUUGCUGGCUUCUUGAACAAGAAACUUGUUGAUGUAAAAAUAAUGUCAUAGCAUGCUC